UUAAUGAAUAUUAUUUUUGUGAUUUUCUCCUUCUAAUACUAUUUUUGAGACAUAAACUUCAAAAUAUGUUAUUAUUGACAAUUGCCGUUUAAUUUAUUGUUUGAAUGAAAACGCUUUAAAGAGAAAGAAAUCAAAAUAUCCAUUCACUCAUCGAUCAUAUCCUCACCAACAUGACAGGAACUUUCCUUUACAGCCACGUGGCAGUCACUUAUCCAAUCCCAACGAAUCGUCGAGUCUCCGGUUUUACCGCCUCAGCCGGUUGUUUCUCCCAAAUCUUCAGGCGCUCACUUUUCCUUCUAUAUAAAGCGAUGAUCUCUCAAUCGAAAAGAGAACUCCUCUCCUCAGAAUCUGAAAAGCCAAAGUGUAUCUGCUGCAGAUGAACAGAGUCAUUAGUCAGUUUUCCUGCGAGUUGAUGAACGACAAGUGUACUAGCGGCGGCGAUACGACGACUCUCCGAUCUGCCGUCAAAGGAUGGACCUCAGUUAGUUCUGCUUCGCCGCAUAGUUCCGUCGCAUCACCGUCGUCGUCUUCUGUGCGGAGACUCAGAGGCGAUCUAGAAUCGAGCAGAUUGGGUGCGGCGGCGAGCGAGAAGCUGAGGCAGGCGGAGGAAUCUUUAAGGACGGUUAUGUUUCUGAGCUGUUGGGGAUCUUGUUAGAUCUGGUGGAGAUGAUAAUAUAUAAAUCAAAACAUAUCCAUAUGUGAAUAUUUUUUUAUCUUUGUAGUUUUUUUAAUUUCUGUAAAUCAGUGUACAAAACGAAAAGUUGCAAUGAACAGUUUUUCAAAACAUUUCAUGAAA